AUGAUCAUCAGAAAUCUACCGUUUAAGGCAAGUUUGAUCUCGGAACAUAUGUUUGCACAACUUGCCGCUUCUCAGCUUUUUGUUAGAGUUUUGUCGGUUAUUCAGACGACAAAAGAAGACCUGCAAAACGUAUGCUCCAAAUUUGGUCCUUUCACUGACAUUGUCCUCCCUCCAUCGAAGAAAAUGCCGAAGCGCAUUGCUGGCUUCGCUUUCGUUCAGUUCAAGACGAAAGAAGCUGCUGAGAAGGCUCGGGAACACUUCAACUCCAAUAAGUUCCAAGGCCGUUUGGUAGCAGCAGACUGGGCACUUCCAAAGGAUACAUAUGAGACGACUGCUCAAGAAGGCAAGUUGACUCAUCUCAGAGUCGUGAACGCGUUCAUUCAGAGAGAACAGCUGAAAAAGAAGGUCAAAUUGGAAGUAGAAGACAGCGAAGAUGUGAAAGAAGAACCAGAAACGUCAGGGUCUAAGAAACAUAAGCCUCAGACAACUCAAGUGAAAAGCGAAGAGAAUGAAGAAGAUGAUGAUGAGGAUUUGAGUGACGAAGAAGUUGACGAAGAUAGUAGCGGUGACGAAAGUGCAUCUGGACAGGAAAGCGAUGAUGGCACGAGCCAGAAAGAUGGUGAAGAAGGGGAGGAAGAAAGCGAUGAAGAUGUAAAACCGAAAAAGAAGGAUUCAGCGAUUGAUGAAAAUCGUGUUAUCUUUUUGAGAAAUCUCUCUUUUGAAACUUCCGAAGAAACGCUGAAGGCCGAGAUGGAGAAGUUUGGUAAGGUGGAACUUGCGCUGUGCUGCAAAUUUCGUGAUAGUGGCCAUCCUAAAGGUACAGCAUUUGUGCACUUUUCCACUGCAGCAGAGGCUCAAGCGCUGCUGGAGGCCACCGAGCGAGGACUCGAGAUAGACGGUAGAGAAAUCAAGGGGUCAUUGGCCAUUCAACGAGAGAAUGCGGCUGAGAUUCAGAAACGAAAAAGUGUCAAGGUGCCCGAAGAUAAGAGAAAUCUUCGAUUGAUUCGUUUUGGCUUGAUUCGAGAAGGAACAUCGGCAGCCAAAGGAAUGAGUGCUGAAGACGCGGCUAAAAGACAGCGCUUAGCUGAAGUGUCUAGAAAGAAGCUAGAAAAUCUUCACAUGUGAGU